GGGCAGUGUGCUUCGGAGGCGGCUGCAGCUGCAGCUUCGUGGCCCGGCCCCUGGAAGGAAGGGACGAGGAAGCGGAAGGCCCCAGAUCCGCAGGAGGAGGAGGAGGAAAGGGAAGAGACGCGCCGCCCGCAUUCAAAGAGAAAACCAGCGAUAUCAGUCUAACAACUGAGAAAGCUAAAUUGCCUUGCAUGAACUACUAAGGAGAAGAUUGACUCAAGUGAGUUUUUAACUCUCUCCAGAGACGCAACAUGCACGAUGGCCGCAGCGAUGGAGACUGAACAGCUGGGCCUUGAAAUCUUCGAAACGGCAGAGCGCGAGGAAAAUGUGGCCCCGGCGGAGGAGGAGGAGGAGGCAAAGCUGGAGCCGUAUUUCGUGGAACGGUUCUCUUGGAGUCACUUGAAGAAGAUGCUGACGGAGACGAGGAAGUACCACGGCUGCUUGAUGGCCAAGGCACCCCACGACUUUACCUUCGUGAAGAAGAACGACCCCGAAGGGCCCCAGUCGGACAGGAUUUACUACCUGGCAAUGUCUGGCGAGAACAGGGAGAACACCCUCUUCUAUUCCGAUAUUCCCAAAACCAUCAACAAGGCUGCCGUCCUCAUGCUCUCCUGGAAGCCCCUUUUAGACCUUUUCCAGGCCAGCUUGGAUUAUGGGAUGUAUUCCCGCGAAGAGGAAUUGUUGCGGGAGAGGAAGCGGAUCGGGACCAUCGGGAUCGCCUCGUACGAUUACCACCAGGAAAGUGGGACUUUUUUGUUCCAAGCUGGAAGCGGGAUUUAUUACGUCAAAGACGGCGGGCCCCACGGCUUCACGAAACAGCCUUUGAGGCCGAAUUUGGUGGAGACGAGUUGCCCGAACAUCCGGAUGGAUCCCAAGAUCUGCCCAGCGGAUCCGAACUGGAUCGCCUUCAUCCACAGCAGUGACAUUUGGGUCGCCAACUUGGAAACCAAAGAGGAGCGGAGGCUGACUUUUGUUCACAAAGAGUUUGCCAACAUCGAAGAGGACCCGAAGUCUGCCGGAGUGGCGACGUUUGUGCUUCAAGAGGAGUUUGAUCGAUACACGGCUUACUGGUGGUGCCCCAAGGCAGAGCCAACUUCCGGCGGAGGCAAAAUUCUUAGAAUAUUGUAUGAAGAGAAUGACGAGUCGGAGGUGGAAAUUAUCCACGUUACAUCCCCGAUGCUGGAGACUCGGAGAACGGAUUCCUUCCGUUACCCCAAAACAGGCACUGCAAACCCCAAAGUAACUUUCAAGUUGUCUGAAAUAAUUAUUGAUGCCGAUGGAAAGAUUUCUGAUGUCAUCGAUAAAGAACUCGUCCAGCCCUUUGAGAUCCUGUUCGAUGGAGUGGAAUAUAUCGCAAGAGCAGGAUGGACGCGGGAGGGAAAAUACGCUUGGGCCUUUUUGCUCGACCGUUGCCAAACCCGUCUCCAGAUCGUGCUGCUCCCUCCGGCUUUGUUCAUCCCGGUGGAAGAUGAUGCCAUGGAGAGACAGAAGCUCAUCGACGCUGUCCCCGACGCUGUGACGCCGUUGAUCAUUUAUGAAGAAACAACCGACAUCUGGAUAAACAUCCAUGACAUCUUCCACAUCUUCCCGCAAACCCAUGAAGAUCUGAUUGAGUUCCUCGUCGCCUCCGAAUGCAGGACAGGCUUCCGGCACCUUUUCCGCAUCACUGCCGUCUUGAAAGAGAGCAGAUACAAGCGCUCACUCGGCGGGCUCCCAUCUCCAAGUGAUUUCCUGUGCCCCAUUAAAGAGGAGCUUCCAGUUACUUCUGGGGAAUGGGAAGUCCUUGGAAGGCAUGGUUCCAAUAUCCGGGUGGAUGAAGCUAAAAAACUGGUAUAUUUUGAAGGUACGAAGGAUACGCCAUUGGAGCAUCACUUGUAUGUCGUCAACUACGAAAAUCCCGGAGAAAUCAAGCGACUGACCGAACGCGGCUUUUCGCAUGCCUGUUGUGUCAGCCAGAAUUGCGACAUGGUCAUUUCCAAAUUCAGCAACCAAAAGAACCCACAUCAAGUGUCCAUCUACAAACUGACUGGCCUUGACGACGACGUCCCGCACAAGUCGAAGGAGUUUUGGGCCACGAUUUUGGAUUCUGCAGGUCCCCUACCAGAUUACAUUCCUCCUGAAAUCUUCUCCUUCGAGAGCUCUUCGGGAUUCGAGUUGUAUGGCAUGAUGUAUAAGCCCCACAAUCUCCAACCCAGGAAGAAAUAUCCAACGGUGCUUUUCAUAUAUGGAGGGCCCCAGGUGCAGCUAGUAAACAACCGCUUCAAAGGGGUGAAAUACUUCCGCCUCAACACCCUCGCCUCCUUGGGGUACGUCGUCGUGGUCAUUGACAACCGGGGCUCCUGCCACCGCGGGUUGAAGUUCGAAGGUGCCUUCAAGCAUAAGAUGGGACAGAUCGAAAUCAAUGACCAAGUGGAGGGAUUGCAGUAUUUGGCCUCCCAAUACGAUUUCAUCGACUUGGAUCGGGUCGGCAUUCACGGCUGGUCUUACGGCGGGUACCUCUCCCUCAUGGCUUUGCUCCAGCGGCCAGAUAUCUUCAAGGUUGCUAUUGCCGGGGCUCCGGUGACGCUGUGGCUCUUCUAUGACACCGGAUACACCGAGAGGUACAUGGGGCACCCGGAUAGCAACGAACAGGGCUACUACCUUGGCUCCGUCGCUAUGCAAGCCGACAAGUUCCCUUCGGAGCCCAACCGGUUGUUGCUGCUUCAUGGUUUCCUGGAUGAAAACGUCCACUUUGCACACACUAGUAUCUUACUGAGUUUCUUGGUCAGGGCUGGGAAGCCUUACGAUUUGCAGAUUUACCCGCAAGAAAGACACAGCAUCCGGGUGCCGGAGUCGGGUGAACACUACGAGCUACACUUGCUGCAUUACCUGCAGGAGAAUCUGGGCUCGCGAGUGGCAGCCCUGAAAGCCGUGCCCUGAAGACCCCCAAAAGACCCCCAAAGGGCGCAUCACCUUUCGGGAGCCGAGGCCGGGUUCCGCCGACGGAAGAGUGACCCCCCGGUGCUUUGUUUUGGACCGCCUUGCUCUCCGACCCUUGGUUUUAUUUUCUAAGAAUCCACCUGGUGCCAUAAGAGGAGGAGGCUGCUGUACAAAGGAAGGGGAAAAAAAGAGAGAUAAUAAUUUUAAAUGUAAAUAUUAAAAGGUAAAACAUC